AGCUGCGCGCGCCGUCGUAUCUUCAGCGUAAUAUAGAACUAAGUUCACGCGAAUAUCGUCAGCUGGCUUUUCACCAUUGCCAGAACCUUGUUUAACUAUUGCUAGUGAACUGAGACAGUUAAUAAGACCAGAAUUUAAAAAAAUGUGUCGUACAACUACGUAUGAAAUGUAAAUUACAAAGCUAGUGGAGUGUGGUUGGAAUCUGUGCAUUGAACAUACUCAAUAUAGAUCUCCCAUCUCACAAAUUUCUACGCGCAGUAUAUUAAUAACUUGGGCAACAUGCCGGGAGCCAGGCAUAAGAUUUUGGGCCAUGUACUUUCUGGCUUUUGCCACAAAAUGAAUCGCCGUAAGCCUAUCUACGGCGACUCGAUGGACACUCCAUUGAACCGAUGUCUUACAACCUUGGAUAUUACUUUGCUGGGGAGACCCAGCAGCAAACGUUGUGCCCAUCAGUUGCGAGUCCCCAAAUGUGUGGGGCACAUGGUUGGAGCUGGUAUCUAUGUGCUGACGGGAACUGUCGCGCGGCACAUGGCCGGCCCAGCAACAGCCCUAAGUUUCCUAUUAGCUGGAAUAACGUCUACCUUAGCCGCUCUCUGCUAUGCUGAAUUUGGAACUCGAAUUCCGAGGGCAGGCAGUGCAUAUGCGUAUACUUAUGUCAGUAUUGGUGAAUUCUGGGCGUUCAUCAUAGGUUGGAACAUUGUCUUAGAAUAUAUGAUAGGAGCCGCCUCGGUAGCCAGAGCCUGGUCCGGGUAUCUAGACGCAAUGUUAGAUGGUGCAAUAAGCAACGCUACUAUUUCAAUAACAGGGGAAAUGCACGAAACUCUGUUAAGCAGAUAUCCAGACGUUUUAGCAUUUCUAAUAUGUAUUGUGGCGUCGCUUAUUUUAGCUGUUGGCGUCAAAACUUCAGCCUAUAUAAACAACGGUCUUACUAUCUUAAAUCUCUUAGUUAUAUCUCUUGUGAUUUUCCUUGGUUUCUAUUACGCCGAUCUUGGCAACUGGUCAGAAAAGAAUGGUGGCUUCAUGCCCUUUGGUGUGAGUGGCGUGUUAGCUGGAGCAGCCACUUGCUUUUAUGCUUUCGUGGGUUUUGACAGUAUCUCAGCGUCGAGUGAAGAAGCGAAAGACCCGUCCCGUUCGAUUCCCAUCGCCACUAUCCUAUCAAUGGCACUUGUUGCUUUUGGAUACAUUUUGGUGGCUUUAGCUUUGACGUUAAUGGUUCCAUAUCAGAGUAUUAACCCUGAUGCUGCAUUACCGGCUGCCCUCGGCGCAGUUCACGCGGAUUGGGCUAAGUACGCGGUUGCGGUUGGAGCGGUGUGUGGUAUGACCACCACUCUGUUAGGAUCCCUUUUCUCUCUACCACGCUGCUUAUAUGCCAUGUCGGCAGAUGGUCUUCUCUUCGGUUUCCUCAGCGAUAUUAACAACAAGUCACAAAUCCCGAUUGUUAAUCUCAUUAUCUCAGGUCUAUCUUCGGCUUUAAUAGCCCUUUUGUUCGAUCUGGAAAAACUUGUUGAGUUCAUGUCGAUAGGAACUCUGCUAGCGUACACUAUAGUUAGUGCUGCCGUUAUCAUAUUGCGUUACCGUCCCGUUCCACCAUCAGAUGAUAAGAUUUUCGGAGUACCACAGUUGGAGUCACCUGGUGACCGAGAAGAUAGUUCUGCGACCGGCACCCCGGCUACUGAUGGGGGCUCAUCUUCUUCUGAGAUGUUUGAAGCUUUGACAGUGGGUCGUCUUCGCGCGCAGUACGCGUGGUUGGAGCCACUGGCAGGCGGACGGGCCCCGGGUGCCGCUGUCACGAGCUGCGUCUACACAUUCACGGCUGCUGCAGCUGCCCUUUGUGCCCAUAAUCACUUCUUAGCUGAGCCGGCUGGGUUGUGGGCGUUGCUCCCAGAUUUUGUCCUCAGCUUUAUUAUUGUUGCGUGUCUGGUGAUAAUAUGGGCCCAUCAACAGAGUCCCACUCGGCUACCGUUCCGCGUACCCUGGGUCCCGCUGCUCCCAGCUGUCAGUGUCAUGCUGAACGUAGAACUGAUGAUCAACCUCAACGCACUCACAUGGGCCCGCUUCGCUAUCUGGAUGACUUUCGGUUUACUCCUAUACUUCUUGUACGGGAUCCACCAUAGUAAGUUGGGUGAAGGUGUGACGGGCCUGCUGUCUCGGUCAGCUAGCGGCGGAGGGCACGGCGGCGGAUGGGGCGCGGUAGAGAAGACCAGCGCCAUCGCCCGCCGAGUCGGCCGCUUCGCCCGCGGCAGCAAGGGAGACGACCGCAAACCCAUAAUAGGUGAUGACGAACUCUCCAGGCGCGAGCCGUGAUUCUAAAUUUACUUACAAACAACCAAAUGUGUACGUUUUCUUAGUGUUGCCAGCUUUCUAGAACUGAUUUGCUUGAAUAUUGGUGUAGCCACAAUCUAUACACGAAUCACUGUGAUCAAAAUUCGGCGAGAUAAUGGACAGAUGAGUACAUAGGUAGGUAUAUUAUGGGCGUAUCAUGAAAUCUAAUUCUUAUUUCUACGCUUUAACACAGCGAUCGACUUAUUGAGUAUUAACGUAAUUUUUGUGCUUGUACUUAAGUUAUUUAAUUAAUAUCGCAUAACUAUGUAAUUCGAUUAGUCUAAGCUAAGUAAUCAAAAAACGCCUCAAAUAUAAUUUUAUUUUAGUUCAAUCUAUUUAUGAAUCAGAAAGUUCAAUCUAUUUAUUAGGAACUAAUGUGUAGAUCAGUGCAUAAGAUACUUAGAUCACAUUAACUUAAGUAACGGAAAUAGCUACAGUGUGAUUGGGUAAGACUUAUGCCCACAUAUUAACAUUAUAGACGAAAAUUUUAUUCUAGUAGAAUUAUAAAGGAUAUUAUUAGGCUACAUAUAAGAACUUGUUGCGUAUUAAUUUAAUUCAGCCAUAUUCUAUGGUUUCAUUUAUUUGUUGUCUCUCAAAUGGAUUUGACUGUGUUUGUGCUUAAUUGUGGUAAGCCUAUUUAGUGUCCUAAGCUUUUAAAUGUGUAGGAAAGCUAUUUAUUUUUGACACAACGCAUUUAGAGGGUCGAAAACACUUGGUCUAGAAGGCAAACCAAUGGGGUGGUCCCCGGCAAGACAAACUUUUGGUAAAAUGGUCCCUCGUGACUAAAAGGUUAGGAACCCACUGGUCUAGAGUCUAGCCAAAUUAUUAAAAAAAUGAAAUUACAACAUUUGAUGAAAGAAUCAAAUUAAAUGUUUUAUUAUCAAACAAAAUUGAUUUCAUAGUGCCAUAUUGAUGUCAAACAGGGUCAAUUAUUGUAUAAAGGCAGAAUGCUGAGACGACUCAUCAUAUUGAGUGCCUAACGUUACAAUCAUUUCUAGCUUUUUUACUUGUUUCAACAAAAUUUACAAAAGAAUUUUGAAUUAUAGAAGUUUAACGAAAUUUAUUAUAAAAUAUAUUGAGGUAUUGGGGAAAAGUGAAACAAAAUAAUAUUCACUCCAGAUCUUUUGAAAUUGUUUAAGAAAAUGCUUUAUUGAAAACUGUAUGAAUGCACAAAAUAAUCUAUCCUCACAUAGUUUUAGUAGAAAAUGUUUCCCAGAAAUGCCUGGCUGGUUAUGUUUUUAAAGAAUUUAUUUUAGAAAUAUACAUUUUAGAAUUUAUGACAGUUGCAAGUUAUAACUUAGCACAAAGUGUACUCUUAUAUUAUUACGUAAAUGUCUUCACAUGUAUGGAUUUCUUGUACCUACAUAUACUAAUGGCGCAAAAUUACAUAAAUGAACUACAGCAUCGUUGUUAAAAAGAUUGUAUAUUUUAAGUGUUGAUGUGUACAUAAAUAAAUUAUAAUAAUACGUCA